UACUUUUUACAUUUUGGACCUGGCAACCCUGUCUGGCGGCUGCCGGCACUCGUCUCUGCGGCGUGUUUUGAUGGUUUUGAUCACCUCACAUAUUUGUUGAUAUUGAAAACUGCGCUGCUUACGAACAGUUGCACUUGUCAUAACAGCUUGAGCUCGCAGCUUGGUGCCAUGGCUCCCAAGAUCUGGCGCAUCGUGGUGAUAAAGUGGUAAAUUUUGAUUCGUGCCGUCCAAAAUAUUAGUGCACUCUCCCGAUGCGCAUCGCCGCGUCAUUUGGAUCCGCUGGCGGUAGUGCUUCUGCAAUUUCAAUAACUCGCCGCGUCAUUUUUCGAUGAAAGCCAUGGCUUCGCUGUUCAAAAACAAGCGAUGCACACUUGAGAGGGCGGAAAAGUUCGUCAGCCCGGUAUAUUUCACGGAUGUCAAUCUUUACGGGAGGAUCUACCCGGAGGUUAGAGAUUUGACCAGUCUGGCCGUGUGGUCGACUCCUGAUCGCGUGUCCUUUCUUGAAGCUUCUAAGCGACCCGACUAUGUCAAGACCUGUGUAGGAGCUCAGUUUGGACCGACGUGGACAACCUGUUGGUUUAAGAUUGUGAUUGACAUCCCGAACAAGUGGUGUGGCAGAGAAGUCCACCUACGAUGGGACUCCGAGAGUGAAGCGCUUCUUUUCACAACAGAUGGGAAGCCUCUUCAAGGGCUGUCAGGUGGUGUGAAUCAUAUGGAACGACAUAGCUUCACAGUCACACCAUCCGCAACCGUGUCUUGCCUGCACCACGAGUUCUUCAUAGAGAUGGCAUGCAACCACCUUUUUGGUGCUGGAAGUCCCACCAUGAUUAAUGCACCUGACUCCAAGAAGAUGUUCACACUGAAGAAAGCAGACAUUGCCAUUUAUGACCGAGAAGUAGAUGCCCUAGUCACUGACCUGCAGCUCUUGACUGAGAUGGCACGAGAGUUGCCCAAGGAUAGCAUCCGUUCAUAUGAGGCAAUGUACACUGCCAAUGAGAUGGUUAAUUGCAUUGACAUCAAUGACAGGGGUUCGCUGAAAGCAGCCAAGGAGAUAGCCGACCGGUUUUUUGGUCAACGCAACGCAGAAAGCCAACACACCAUAGCGGCUAUAGGAAACUGCCAUAUUGACACAGCCUGGCUAUGGCCCUACGCUGAGACCAAACGAAAGUGUGCUCGAAGCUUUGCGUCUGCACUUCUGCUGAUGGAGAAGUUCCCAGAAUACACAUUUGCCUGCUCACAGGCACAGCAGCUUUCCUGGGUCAAGGACAGCUACCCCUCAUUGUUUGAGAGAAUUCAGCACUACACCAAAAAAGGGCAGUUCAUCCCAGUGGGUGGCACGUGGGUCGAGAUGGAUGGAAACUUGCCAAGUGGAGAGAGUUUUGUGCGGCAGUUCCUUUACGGGCAGCUUUUCUUCGAGAAAGAGUUCGGUACCCGGUGCAAGGAGCUCUGGCUUCCUGACACGUUUGGAUACUCAGCUCAACUUCCCCAAAUCAUGAGGAUCUGUGGUGUGUCCCGAUUCCUCACUCAGAAGUUGAGCUGGAACCUGGUGAACAAGUUUCCUCACCACAACUUCCUGUGGGAAGGCCUAGAUGGCAGCACAGUCUUGGUCCACUUUGCUCCAUCCGAAACAUACGGAGCAGAGCUCCGGGUGGCUGAGGUGGUGAAGUCAGUGACGAACCUGGAGGACAAAGGGCGAGUGUCACACAGCAUUCUCCUCUUUGGUCAUGGAGAUGGAGGGGGCGGCCCAACAGAGGCCAUGCUGCGACGUCAGUCAAGACUACAAGACGUCAGCGGGCUUCCCAAGAUCACACUGUCUACACCGGAUGCCUUCUUCUCAGUCCUGGAAUCUGAGUCUCGCAGUCUCUGCCGGUGGGCAGGCGAGCUGUUUUUGGAGCUUCACAAUGCUACGUACACUACGCAUGCACGGACCAAGCAGCUCAACCGCAUGUGUGAGCAGGCACUGAGAGAUGCAGAGAUGAUCUGUUCCGUGGUGUUUGCACUUGCACCAGAUGUGGCACCGUACCCAAGUCAGGAAUUUGAAGCCUGCUGGAAGGAUGUGCUCUUAAACCAGUUUCACGAUGUCUUACCGGGAAGCUGCAUAGCCGAGGCCAGAAAAGAUGCUGAAAGGAUCAAUAGAGAAGUGCUCAACCGGGCGGGACAGUUAAGCGAUGGAGCUCUGGAGAAGCUUUUUGGGACGUGCGAUGACUACGCCAUUGGCGAUCUAGUGUUUGUGAACAGUUUGCCGUGGAGUCGGUCAGAGAUCGUCUCCGUGCCCUGGCACCGGGAGGAGCUGUCCAAGCGCUGCUGGAUCGAAGGUGUGGACGACAACGCCAUGCAGCAGGCAGAACGUGGCACACUGGUUUCGAUUGUGGCUCCCCCUGCUGGCUAUAAAGUGCUCCGAGGCAUCUCAUCUCAAAAGGUUUCCGUCUUGGCUGUGGAGACUACACCUGGUGUGAUUCGACUGCGCAACCAGUUUUUGGAGGCAAAGCUGAAUAGCUGCUGCGAGGUGUCAUCACUCAAGAUUCUCGGUGGCUCCAAGGAGUUUGUGGCUGCAGACAAACUGGCAAAUUUGUUUGUCAUGUUUGAUGACAUUCCCCUCUACUGGGAUGCCUGGGAUGUCAUGGACUAUCACCUCGAGACUCGUAAACUAGCGGUCAAGCAGGUACUUGAACCCGCUACCAUUUUGGAGCAGGGCCCUCUGCAAGCAGCUGUCAGAGUGAAAUUUACAGUUGGGCGCUCAAGCACCGUAACGCAGACUGUCAUCAUUGAUGCGGUGCAUCCGUACCUAAGGUUUGACACCCAAGUGGAAUGGAAGGAAGACCACAAGUUCCUCAAGGUUGAAUUCCCAGUCAACAUCUUGUCUCGGUGGGCCACGUAUGAAAUCCAGUUUGGGCAUCUGGAACGACCAACCCACUUCAACACAUCGUGGGACUGGGCGAAGUACGAGGUGUGUGGCCACAAGUGGGUCGACCUCAGUGAGCACGGUCAUGGUUUGGCAUUGCUGAACACGUGCAAGUAUGGCCACGCAGUCCACGGGAAUGUCCUGCGGCUUUCGCUGCUCCGAGCACCCAAGAGCCCCGACCCAGAAGCUGACAUGGGUCAUCAUGAAUUCACCUACGCCCUCAUGCCACACCAGGGAACAUUUCAGGAAGCUGGAGUAAUUCAGCAAGCGUAUGAGUUGGGCUGUCCUCUCAAAAUGGUCGUCUGCAAUGCUGAAUCAAAGCUUUCAGGGGUUCUGAGUUCACAGAAGUCACUGAUGGAGUCAGCCUCAUGGUUUCAGGUGUCCUGUCCAGCAGUGGUGUUGGAGACGGUGAAACGAUCGGAGCAUCACCAUGAUGCCCUGGUCCUUCGCUUUUACGAGGCAUACGGUGGAGAAGCAACUUCAGCAGUCACCACAUUCCUGCCUGUUGCCAGGGCACUUCUGUGCACUGCUCUUGAAGACGAAGGCACCGAGCUGCUCCUCAGCGGGGGAACAAUCCAGCUUGUCCUCAAGCCCUUUCAGGUUGUCUCUGUGCUGGUGUUCCUGAAGCCCCUCACCAAGUGAGUCGUAUGUGCUUCGGGGCCAGCCCCAUUCAGAGUCAGUGCAUGCAACUUCUUUUCAAGUAAUUUGUGUAUGUAAGUUGAAACAUCGCAACUAAACGGGAAUAAAGAAGCGAAUAUGCGCUGCAUGUCCUCCUUUAGUUGUGACUGUGCAGCUCGGCACUUUGAAGACUAGCCCUCGCCAAGAUAAUGCUUUUUUAUGCAUGCUCACUGAUAGACUGAGAUUUUAUAUGAAAUGUCUGGUUGACUCAAGAGUACAGGAUUUCAGAGUUGUGCCUGAUCAGGUUACAUUCCGUUAGUUCCCGGCAGUGAUAGCAAGGCUGCCAGAAUUCUCGGUAGGGGCAGAGUGCGAAUGCUGGCCUCAGCGUAUAUAUAUUUGAUUGUGUUUCCUGCUGCUUACCUUCUCUCAAUGCCUUGUUGAUAAAAAAUUAUAAACAUUGAUAAAAAAUAAACAUUGAUAAAAAACAGAGACAGCAUGACUGCAUUGCGACAAGCAUUACAGUCUAACCCACUUAUAACGAUGCUGGUUUUAACAAUAUAGGGUCAUUCCAUGCCAGCUGUCCUAACCGUGGCGCUCGAGAAAAAUAAUUUCUCUCAAAUAAUUAUGAAAAAAUUACAGGUAGAAACUUCUGGUGAUAUAGGCUUUCAUUCCUCACUACACAGACCACCAUGUGCACCACCCUGGUUUGUAUUUCUUGCCAACAUGCUAUCAGGUGAAGUGGAAGCACGAACCAAAGUAACACAAUGGUGGGACUCAAAUUACAAAAAAAAAAUAUUGAUGGAAGUGCAAAAUUACUUUGAUUAAUAUUUCUGUGACGAAAGUUGUUAUUCUUCUCAAUGAUAUGCACUUUUCUGCUUAUUCUUUCAUGGACCACCUUAGUGUGUUACUAACGUCUAAACAUAGGCCAAAAUAGAAUUCUUGCCAAAUUCAGGCUUUUAUUUUCGAGUCUGGGAGCAACACAAAGGUGAAAAUAAAAUGUUCGAAAAUAGAACCUUUUAGUGACAGUCCUAUAAAAGUAAUUCCAGGUUUUCUUCCCUGACCGUUUUUGUGAAAAAUUUUGCAAAAACGCUAGAAUUCGCACAUAUUCACCUCGGUGUUAAGGAGUAAAAAACAUGAAGUUCUAUUGUGAAACUGUUUUAUAAUGAAAGAACAAUCUUCAGACAGCACAAAACCUCAAAUUUUGAAAGAAUGCGCAAUACGGUCAAUUUUUGGCAAAUAACUUUAUUGCACCUUGUUUUCUGUCAUUUCGUGAAAUUCAAAUGGCACUCACAUGGCCAAAAAUUUAUUUCUGUUCAAAAUAUUUUGGGGAAAUACUGUUCAAGUAAUACUUUUAUACCUGUAAUUUUUUGUAAUUAUUUGAGAGAAAUUGUUUUUCUCGAGCGCCACGCUGAGGACAGUUGGCGUGCAAUCACCCUAUAUCGGUUGUAACAAUGAGAAGCUGAAGCACAUUCAACUUUUGUAUAUUUCCUAUGGCGAAAUUACCCACUUACUGCAAUGCCGCCAUGCUGCAUUAUUAGCUGUAACUAUGAAAUCUGGCUACUGGGUUUCCGUGCUGAAAGCUAAUGAAAUGUAAAGUCCUUGAAAAAAAAAGAAAUUUGAGCCAUUGCACGAUGGCCUGCCGCCCCAACAGCCACCGCGUGCUCAUUUUCCAGCCUGCUCCACAUCGCCAGCCUUGUGCACCUUUCUCCCGUUGCCCUCCCAACCCUCCGAACUUGAAUGGGCUGAGCCCAUUAGCUCUAUGUCACACCACCCUCUGAAACACAAAUGGACUGCGCCAAUUGCGCUGCCCCCAGAUUGUUCUCUGGCCCCUCAUUUCAUGCAGUUCUGCCAACUGAUCAAGCCCCUCGCACUCGUUUUUGUUAGUUGCGUCGAAGUCGUUUCUGGUGACGUAGUUUCUCAGCCUUCUUUGACUCGCUGCUGAGAUGAAAGAUGGUCUGCCCGCUGAUCAUUCAUUGGCAAUACACAAUAUUGCAGGUGAAAAGAAAGUGCACUGUUAUAGAUUUGGAAACUAAGUCCUUCUAACCAAUGAGGUGAUCAUGCUUGCAAUGAAUAGUGACAGCAACGAGGGCAGCUAUGAAACGAUAGAGCAGGCUGCCUCAACACUGUCCUCACAGGAAGCCCGGCAGAUGAUUCAGUCCCUCCGAGGCUUAUUUUUCGUGAGGAGCUUUCCACUGCACUAUGUUAAGCAUCUGGAUGCCUUGGCAAAAAAUGCCGGCUAGCUUCGCAUAAAGCAAGCAAGGCCGACGGACAUUGGGUUUUCUCAUGCAAGCCAGAGAAAAGUAUGUUGGUGGCGAGAUGCUUGUGGCGAUCUCCCCGCAGCGUUUCUUCUGGAUUUCUCAAGCUGAGAGGCUGCUGUGGCAACAUUCUCGUAUUCCUUAAGAGGCCCCUUUUGGGGCCACCAAAGCAACACCUUGGUGGAGCUCGCAUAUCGCUUGCCGCCCUUGACCCCUCUUUGCAGUUGUUGCAGCAGUGCCAUUUUUGAACGCUGACAGCCGCGACUUCUUGCACGCGAUUGGGCCACGCAGGAAGCACAGUUAAAACAAUAAACGAUGAGCACAAUCAGUAACCAGAUGGAAGGAGGUAUUGGGGAAAGGCACUGGCCUCCCCGCCAUUAUAGUUUUCUCACAACAGCUCUGCCAUCCCCCUAUUUUGAUUUUUAAGACGAAAGCCUUAAAUCUCUGUUUCAAGGUCGCAUUGUGAGGUACAGAAAAUCGGAGCACUGGUGCCACUGCUCGCACAUUCGUCUUCCAUAUUGGUGCCACAUUGAUGCUGCCAAUCAUGCCAAGAAAUGCACAGUUAAUUAAUAUAGAGUUAAUUAAGGCACUCGAACCCACAACUUUUGGUUGGAGUUGAACCCAUGACCAUUGGUGGGAGUCAAACCUACCACUGUUGGUGUUGAUUAGGGUGAAGUUGAUUAAGGCACAGUUAUUUAAGGUAGCUUUAAUUACGGCACUCGAGCCCACAACCUUUAGUGGGAGAAAACAAAUAAUCAGAAACAAUGCAUUAGAAUAAGAACGUAAAAUAAUUUAACAGAUGUCUCUUGUGCUUGCAGGCUUUCACCUUCACCCUCUUGGGCAUAUGGGAAAGUGACAGUAAAUUUUUUUUAUGCGAACCGGUUAUAACAAUUAUUAGUUAUAACAAUGUAUUUUUCAUGGCACUUGAACAUUGUUAUAGUGGGUUCAACUUUGUCUGCAAAUGUUGAAAAGAGCAUUGCCAGUGAAAAUAAUGUAGCGAGUAAUGAGAAGAAUGUGAUCAUGGUAAAGAAACUCUCAUGUAGCUUCUAUGAUGCAAUAUUGCCAGAGUACAUGCAUUCACUAAGCUUAGGGAGGCAUCAAGUUGAGGUACAAUCUCAAAUGCAAAUAUAUGUUCAUAUGGUAUUCGUGAAAUAAUUUAUAACCAGAAAUGUUCUUUUAUCACUUUAUUUCGUAAUUCUACCACUUCCCCCUGUAAUUCCUCCAAGGCUUCGAGUACUAAUAAAACAAAAGCACAUGCCAAAAUGUUCGAAAAGUCAGAUGAAUUCACGAUUGAAAAAAGGUUUACUCUGGCUUAACAAAGCAUGCACAUAUAUAUAUAUAUAUAUAUAUUGUGAAGAAGAAGACGCGCCUCGCGGCACAGCCGCAUCGCCAACGCGCGGCUCGUCUCGGCUCGCGCUGUUGAUUGCUGGCGUCCGUUUGGACAGUGCUUCGGGCUGCCUCGCCGUUCCCGGUCGCUGUGCCUUCGCAUUAGGCGCCGCCAAUAAACCUUUUCUCAAUAUAUGUAUGUAUGUAUAGGAAAUGAUAUUUUGUGCAGUCUGAUACAAAACAAGUCUGACCUACCAUUCAUUUGUUGUUAGCACUGCAAACUUAAAAUGCUAAAUAUUCACUCAAGCGCACUCACUUGGAUUGAAAAUUAUCUGUCUCAGCGUCAACAAUGUGUUGUGUUGAACGGCAGAAGCUCGGCAUACGCUGAUGUGAUGUCAGGAGUCCGACAGGGCUCAGUCUUAGGGUCACUUUUGUUUUUAGUUUAUAUAAAUGAUAUUUCUGUUGGUAUUUCUUCAUGUAUAUGGUUGUUUGCCGACGAUUGUGUUGUUUAUAGGAAAAUUAAGAGUGAACAAGAUGCUGCCAUGUUACAAUUUGACUUAGAAUGUAUUAAUACUUGGUGUUCCACGUGGAAUAUGAAUUUGAAUUUAAAAAAGUGUGUUCAUGUAUGUUUUACAAGAAAGACGAAAUGGAUUGUAAGUCUUUACCAGAUAAAUAAUACCCUGAUAAAGAACAAACCUAUAUACAAGUAUCUAGGUGUGAUGCUAUCAUCUGACUGCUCAUGGUCUGCUCAUGUGGAUGACGUCAUUGUAAAAGCUGGUAGGGCAUUCAAUUUUUCAGAGGAACUUGAAAUGUUCGCAGCCGAACCUAAUGAAAACUGCUUACUUAACAUGUGUGAGACCAAUUUUAGAAUACGCCUGUGCCGUCUGGGACCCCGCGCAAAUAAACUGGAUUGAUAAACUGGAAAGAAUUCAAAACCAAGCUGCUAGGUUCGUCCUGGGGCGGUAUGGGCGGAGUGAAAGUUGUACUGAAAUGAAACUCGAAUUGAAUUGGGAACUGCUUUCCUCUCGGCGGAAAAAGUUGAGGCUGAAGUUUUUAUACCUCAUAUUUAAUAAGAAGACUGGAAUUAGCAGUAAAAGCUACUUGAAAGAACCACAUUAUAUUUCUAGGCGUAAUGGCCGUUCACUUAAAAUCUGCAAGUACCGUGCCAGGACGCACUUGUUUGCAGAUUCCUUUUUUGUUAAAACUAUUGUGGAGUGGAAUCAGCUGUGUGAAAAGCAAGUGUGCUGUACGAAUGAAGAUUUGUUUUUUUCCCUCCUGUAACCCCCCUGCUAUAACGCCUUCGGGCAAUGCGGGGUAAUUCUUGAAUAAAGAAUAAAGAAUAUAUAUGAUUUUGAACAUGUUUGGCAUAUUGUGCUUUCUGACACCAACUUAGUGCCUAUAGUGCCUAGAAGAAAAUUAUAGAACUAUGUCUCUUGAGAUUAGGGUUUGUGAUAGUAGCCUUGCAGUUUUAGAAACCACACUGUCUUUUAAUAAUUUCAGCCGAUUACUGCUUUGGCGUCGAUUUUACAACCUUAUGAAAAUAGAAACUAUUGCUUGGUGUCACUUUUUGUUUCACAUACGACUAAAGAAACUAGUCCAAAUUUAAUGAGAUAUUGUUGCAGAGAUCUGUUGUCAAAACACUGCUGUCAAGUGACCUUACUUUCACAAGUUAAAGAUCACUUGCAACAGCAUGUCUUUUUAACUUAAGCACAUGUGGGUCUUGUUCAUCUAUGUGCCAUCAAGAAUGCCCUUUUAACAGUAGAUGUGAAAAUUAUGCCUACAGAAUAUUUUCCUUCGUUAUCUGUGCUGUAUAUGAUUACCAAUGUUUUCGGGGUUGAGAAUUUUUAAGGGCAUUUUACAGCCUGGCUAGUUUCUAAGUGUUUUGAUUAUGUUGUGUUUUUCUCAUGUACACUGCUGCAGUAUGAAACACGUGGCGCAUUGUUGGCUCAUCACUACGGCCACUGCUUGUGUGACCAUUCAUUCCAGACACGUACUGCACACCAAAGCUAAAAUAUGUUACAACUGAAUGGUUUCCAUGCCUGUUUGUAAAUGGCAUGCUAUAUAUAGCAUUUAUUUAGCAUUUGUUGCAAUUGUAGAACUUGCAGAAACAAAUGCAUUGACCUUAUCUGCUCUGGUUUGCAGUAGAAGUAAUUGAGCAACAGUGAGUGAUAGAAAAAGUGCCAAAACAAAUUCUCAAUAUUUUUAGAAAUACUGGAUGUUGUUUGGUCAAAGUAAAGCAUAGCAUAGAAAAAAUGUUUAUGCAUAGUUUGUGGUGCUAGAAAUUCUCUAGUGGCCAAGUCAGAUGGAAGACUGGAAAAGAUGAGAUGUAGAAAUUUAAAAUUACAUAAUUAUACCAGAACAAUUUCGCUAAUUGAUUUCAGGCAGAGGCAAAGAUCAGGGCAAAGUUUGGUAUAGGUGUCGCAAUGUGUUACACAAUGCACGCAAGAAAGCAUGGGGCUCUGCAAAGGUUUGUCUUGAGGCUCCUGAAGAAGGCCAUUCUACAUAUAAAUGGGUUUUCAAGUGGCUGCAGUGGGCAGACCUGCUUCUCGAGGCAAAGCUUGUUUGAUUGUGCAAAUGUCUCAUAAUCCUGUUUGAGUAGUCACGUGUAAUACUAUGAAUAAAGUGCAUAUUUCCAUGUA